ACAUGUUGGAAAUAAAACUGCGUUUGUUUUCAGGCUCCGUCCCAUCGAUGUGGAGUUCAUGAAGAGGCUGGGGAAGAUAGUCAGCAUCGUUCCCGUCAUCGCCAAAGCCGACACGCUCACCGUGGAGGAGCGGCAGGAGUUUAAAGAGCGGAUAAGGCAAGACUUGGCGUCCAAUGGAAUCCGCGUUUACCCCCAGAGAGAGUAUGAUGAAGAUCCAGAGGAGCGGCUCCUCAACGACAGAAUCAGGGAAAACAUUCCCUUUGCCGUGGUGGGAACCGACAAGGAGCACCAGGUGAACGGGAACAAGGUGCUGGGCAGGAAGACCAAGUGGGGAAUCAUUGAAGGUGGGAUUCUAGCUUCAUCUCUACCUUUUCCAUUCAGCUCCUGCUGCAUGAAGCCUGUUUUGGGUCUUUGCAGAGUUCGACUCCAGGCGUUAAAUCUGGAAUUUAACUGUUAACAUCAGUCAGGAGUGGUUUUCCACUGCUGCUCCUCAAACAGGAAGAAAACAGGAAACUGCUUGAUCAGAAAUGCAGCAACUUUUAUAGUUCUAUCCACAGAAUGA